CCAGUCCUUGUUGUGUUGCAAGAGCUAUAGGCCGAACUCGAUCGUGUCGCUGUCGUCAUAAAAUAAAUAAUGUUGCUGUCAUUGUUUUCAUCAUCGUCAGUUCGUCAUCCAUAUAAUGGACAACAAGUUCCCCAUCGACUUGACCAAGUUCAAAAAGCUUGCGCUGGAUCCAGCGAAAUCCAAGCUCGACGAUGACGAGAGGACUGCAUUGAAGGCCAACAUCCAAUUACUUCGAGAUGCUAUUGUUCUAUUCACCACUACUGGUGCGGCUCGAGGACUCAGUGGGCAUACAGGUGGCGCCUAUGAUGUCGUUCCGGAAGUUUGUAUCGCUCUCGCUCUCUUCAACCAUUCCCAGUCCAACUAUGUACCUAUUUUAUUUGAUGAAGCAGGCCACCGCGUCGCAAUUCAAUACAUUCUUUCCGUUUUAGAGGGCGCAUUGCCUGCAGAGCAGCUUCUACAUUACCGAGAGGCCUAUUCAAAAUUGCCCGGCCAUCCUGAACUGGGUCUCACUCCCGGAGUCAAAUUCUCAUCCGGACGUCUCGGACAUAUGUGGCCUUUUGUCAACGGCGUCGUUCUUGCUAACAAGGACAAAACUGUUUUCUGUUUAGGCUCCGAUGGUUCUCAGCAAGAAGGUAACGACGCCGAGGCAGCUCGACUCGCCGUAGCCAAAGGUUUGAACAUCAAGCUACUCAUUGACGACAAUGACGUUACCAUCUCUGGUCAUCCCUCCGAAUAUCUCAAGGGAUUCAACAUAACAAAGACGCUUCAAGGACACGGUCUCAAUGUACUUACUGUUCAAGGAGAAGACAUUGAUGCACUGUGGGGCGCCAUCAGCACUGUCGUCACCACUCCCGGGCCGGCGGCUGUUGUCUCUAAACGUCCGAUGGCUCCAGGUAUCAUUGACAUAGAGGGAAAACCGAAAGGACACGACGCUGUCCCCGUUGAAUCCGCCAUCAAGUACCUCGAAUCCAGAGGGCGUGGAGGCUUUGCCGACAUGCUGCACCAACUUAAGGCCAAACAGCAGCCGUAUGUUCAUAUCGGCUCGACCAAAGAGACUGGCGCCAAUCGGACUACUUUUGGUGAAGCCGUCAACAUUGUUCUCGACGGGCUCAGCAAAGAGGAAGCCUCCAAAAAGGUCAUGGUUAUUGACAGUGACCUGGAAGGUUCCACUGGUCUGAAAGCCAUACACCAGAAGCACCCCGAGGUCUUCGUUACAUCUGGUGUCAUGGAGCGCGGUAACUUCUCUGCUGCUGCCGGUUUCGGUUUCGACCCUAACAAGUUUGGAGUGUUCUCCACCUUCUCUGCCUUCAUCGAGAUGGUGAUAUCCGAAAUCAGCAUGGCCCGCUAUAACUUUUCCAACGUCCUGUGCCAUUUCUCCCAUUCUGGCGUUGACGAAAUGGCCGACAAUACUUGUCACUUUGGUAUCAAUUCGCUUUUCACUGAUAACGCUUUAGAAGAGUUCAAAUCCUUUUUGUACUUUCCUGCCGAUCCCCUCCAAAUGAUCGCUAUAGUCAAACGCAUCUUCUUCGACCGUGGAUUGCGAUUCGUCUUCUCCAACCGCUCCAAGGUGCCUUACAUACUCGCAGAGGACGGCAAAAGCAAGUACUUUGGCGACGGCUAUGAGUUCAUCCCAGGCAAGGACGAGGUCAUCGCCGCAGGCAAAGCCGGGUAUGUCGUGUCGUUUGGCGAGAUGCUCUAUAGGUCGUGGGAUGCUGUACUACGCUGCCGGCAGAAGGGCAUCGAUGUGGGUUUGAUAAACAAACCGACGCUAAGCUCUGUGGAUGAGGAGGUAGCGAAAAUGAUUGGGUCGAGUCCCUUCGUUCUCAUCGUGGAAACAUUUAACAAAAAAACUGGGCUUGGAUCCAAAUACGGUACAUGGCUCCUCGAGCGGGGGCUUACGCCCAAGUAUGCCUACAUGGGUGCGACUAAAGAAGGCUCAGGCGGUCUUUGGGAGCAAAUCAAUCAUCAGGGCCUAGACCCACAAUCUAUUGCUGCCAAAAUUACAGAGUUAGCGGGGAAGUAGUUCCUAAACUGUGUACGCGAAAAUUGAAUCCUAGUUCUGUUGUGCUGGAAGAUGACA